GUUGGAUCUCUCUCUAAGUAGACGCGUACUUUAGCGCGCUCUCUCGCCCUCUGUAGUCUGUUUACAGCCUACAAAACUCAAGCGCAAGACUGAAGAGUGCGCGACCUUAUCGCGCCCAAAGAAUCAAUCGCUUUUUUCCGUUUCGUUGUCUCCAUCCAUUGCACUGCACUGCUGGCUGACUGAUUGAUAAUGGAAUCGUAGGGACUAGUCGCAUGACGAUUCUGUUUCGCGCUGGGCUGGGACUCAAUCGGGAACUGAUUGUAACAAACAACCCGGAUCAGUCAUUAGUUUGCUGGACGGCGUUCGGUUCGGUCGAGUGUUGUUCGAAACUUACGCGAGCGCGGGUCAGUCCAAAAGAAUAUUCGCUGAAGGCGAGGGUGUUUUGUUUUGCCCUUUUUGGUAUCUUUUUUUUCGUUACGAGGUCGUAGGCAAAGUUCUAGCGAUCGAGGGUUUAAAUUUCCGGUUUGAAGCUUUGUCUCAAGAUCGAAAAAGUGAAAGUUUUUACCCACUCUCCAAUUUGUGAUGUUCUAACCUUUGUGUGAAUUGGAAUCGACUCGAUUUGUGUCAACUGGGGAAAAAGAAAGUGAUUACUCAUAGUACAAGCUGAAGUUACUAAAGCCCUCCAAAACAAAAAACAGUGAUGGAUAUUCUGCAACAGGAAGUGCGGGGCAUAGCCCUAGCAACGAUACACAGCAGCAGUGAGCAGCAGCAUGGUCCAGUGUACAACAGCACGACGGUGCCACUCAACAGAAAAGACUCCCGAAACCUGGACCAUGUGAUCAACAAUACGGGACAUCAUAAUCACAACGGAAACAGCAACAGCAAUGGCACUGGACCCUAUCAGUCCCAUAACGAUAUCGAAAUGUCCCACCAGGUGCGGCCGUUUCAGAAUUUGCCGCCCUGCGAACCGGUAGACAUCCAGUUCAAGGACGUUUCCUACUGCGUGAGCAUGGGCUUUCGAAAAGGUCAGAAGGAGAUUCUCCACAAAGUGAGUGGGAAAUUCCCCGGAUCACAGCUAAUAGCCAUCAUGGGCCCAUCGGGGGCGGGCAAAUCGACGCUGUUGGAUGUUCUGUCCGGCUACCGGAAGACCGGUGUCGAGGGUGCAGUUUACGUGAAUGGACGCAUCCGGAAUCUGAACAGCUUCCGGCGGAUGACCUGCUACAUUACCCAGGACGAUCGGUUGCAGACUUUGCUCACGGUGCUGGAGAACAUGCGUGCCUCGGCCGAUUUCAAGCUGGGGCCGGAUGUGUCCCGGCACGAGAAGGAAUCGAUUAUCGAAGACAUCCUCACCGUACUCGGCCUGUACGAACACCAGUAUACGCUCACUAGUCGCCUUUCCGGGGGUCAGCGGAAGCGCCUCUCAAUCGCCCUGGAGCUGAUCAACAAUCCCACCAUCAUGUUCCUAGACGAGCCCACCACCGGCCUGGAUAGCUACUCCUGCAACCAGGUGGUAGACCUACUCAAACACCUUGCCAAACAGGGUCGAACGAUCAUCUGCACCAUCCAUCAACCUUCGGCCAAACUGUUCCAGGAGUUCGAUCAGGUCUACGUACUGUCCAGUGGCGAGUGCAUGUACCAGGGCUCGACGGACAAGUUGGUUCCUUUUUUGCAGUCCGUGGAUAUGCCCUGCCCCGUCUACCAUAACCCUGCGGAUUACGUGAUCGAACUGGCCUGUGCCGAGCAUGGUCCGGAGAAGAUCCAAACUAUGGUCAUGGAGAUGGGUAACGGAGAGAGUACGGACUGGUUUAGUGACAAGCGGAAAGUGUUAAAGCUGGAGCAGCUACGAAAGAAGUAUCCAUUGAAGAAAAUUAUCGAACAGAACGACGAUCUUCAGACGACCUCGCAGUGGUACCAGCUAGAGGUAUUGAUCAAGCGAGGUAUAAUCAAGGGUAAGAGGGACGCUACGUUGACGCAUCUUCGGAUCGGGGUCAACAUCAGUAUUGCGGUUAUGUUGGGUUUCCUGUUCAUCGAUGCCGGCAACGAGGGAUCUCGGGUACUGGACAACUACAAUCUGCUGUUCUCGAUCCUGAUGCACCAUAUGAUGGCGACCAUGAUGUUGACUGUGUUGACUUUUCCUACGGAAAUGGGCGUGAUAAUAAAGGAGCAUUUCAAUCGAUGGUACACCCUUAAGAAUAUUCGCCAUUUCCUGGGAAUCCAAGUUCAGCGUGACGAAGUCGGGUUUACUUUCAGCCAGAAAAGUUACAUCAAGAAACUUUUAGAGAGAUUUGGAAUGGAUCAAGCGAAGACGUCGAAAAUUCCUUUGGAUCCUGGCCACCAACAGCAAAAGGAGGAGACGGAGAAGAUGCCCAACAACCAACAGUAUGCCAGCUUAAUCGGUGGUUUGUUUUAUGUAGCAGUGAAUACUCGACCGGACAAAGCUGUGAGUGUAUCGACCUUUGGUCGAUCUGCUAGCAGUCCCAGCCAAGCGGAUUGGAACGAGGCGAAACGGAUUCUGCGAUACCUCAAGCACACUGUGGACCAUCAACUAGUCCUUGGACCGAAUGACCAGAAGCUACCAGCCUACGUGGAUGCGGAUUGGGCAGGAGACGCAAAAACCAGUCCAAUUCUGGUUACAUUUUCCUGA